UACAUUGAAUGUAUCUAAAAUGAAGGUGUCAGUUUUAAUAAGUUUAGUAUGUUUCUUUAUCAAUGUUGUUGGAUUAAUUGAAGGAUUUUCAUAUGGAGGAAGGUUCAAAAGAUCUAACGAGGAAGAGGAAGAAGAGGAAGAGAAUGAUGAUGAUGUUAACAAUUCUAAGCUGACAAAUGGGGAUGACAUGAUUAAUCUGUCUAAGAGUCGAAAACAACGGAGGAAACAUAAGUUUAGAUUGGCAUUGCAAGACAACACAGACCCUUUCUAUUAUGAAAGAUGGCCCAACAACGAGGUGACCUUCUACUUGUCUACGGACAGUAACUAUUAUGGUCUACUUAAUGACCAAGAACAAAAAGAAGUGCAAGAGAACUUGAAGAUUGCAAUGGAAUAUAUAAUGAAUGUCACAAGUGCUAAAGAUCCCAACACAAUGACAGCAGAAGAAUAUGAAAGCGGAAUACACAGAUGUAUCAAUUUCAAACGUGCUCCUUUGUAUGAAGGGAAACUGCAGAUUAGUAUUAUUGAAAACCGCACAUGUCAAGCAGAAGUUGGAUACGUAGACCAGCAGAGGUAUAUGUUCUUGCACAAAGACUGCUUCCCAGCACCUUACCCAAGGGAUGGAGCACUACCAGGUUACUUGAUCCAUGAGCUUUUGCACAUUUUGGGUAUGCUGCAUGAACACAUGAGGCCAGACAGAGAUGACUAUGUAACAAUACUCAGGGAAAACUUGUUUAAUUAUAAUGAUGCAAACUUUGAGAAAAUGAGUCCUUUUAAUGUUGAGUAUCUUAGCCGGCCUUAUGACCAAUAUGAUGAAGGAGGAUACGACUAUUACAGUAUCAUGCACUACUAUAGUUACGCCAAAAGUAAGAACCGCAGACCAACAAUGGAGUUGACAAACCCGCUGAUAAUCCCCGGACAGAGACGUGGCAUGACAUAUAAGGAUGCUAUGAAACUUGCAAGAUACUACAAUUGUCCUGAUCCUUCCUGGGUUUUUGAGUAUGAACAACCAAAACAUUAUAUCGACACACGUGCUAAAAAAGUACCAAGAGAAGAUUGGGACCCAUACUAUGGAAAAGAUAAUAUAGAACUUGAUAGAAAAAUAGACCUCGUUGGAACCCAAGAUAAAGACACUGAAGGUGGAAAUGUUGUAGGAACAGGAGAAAAUACUGGAGAUACUGGGGAAAAUACUGCAGUGGGAACAGGGGAAAAUACUGUAGUGGGAACAGGGGAAAAUACUGGAGAAAAUGAAGAAAAUACUGGAGAAACUGGGGAAAAUACUGUAGUGGGGACAGGGGAAAAUACUGUAGUGGGAACAGGGGAAAAUACAGUAGUGGGAACAGGGGAAAAUACUGGAGAAAAUGAAGAAAAUACUGGAGAAACUGGGGAAAAUACUGGAGUGGGAACAGGGGAAAAUACUGUAGUGGGAACAGGGGAAAAUACUGUAGUGGGAACAGGGGAAAAUACUGGAGAAACUGGGGAAAAUACUGGAGAAAAUGAAGAAAACACUGGAGAAACUGGGGAAAAUACUGUAGUGGGAACAGGGGAAAAUACUAUAGUGGAAACAGGAGAAAAUACUGGAGAAAAUGAAGAAAACACUGGACAAACUGGGGAAAAUACUGUAGUGGGAACAGGUGAAAAUACUGGAGAAACUGGGGAAAAUACAGGAAAGACACUGACAAACAAAGAAAUGUGGCGGUUGAAAAAAUCUCAACUAAAACGUCAAUACAAACAAGCAAAGUCAAAGUCAAGAAAAAAUAAAAAAAAUGGGAAAAGGACCCGUAAAAUAAGAGGCAAAUAG